UCGAUCAUUGCCUUUGACUUUGGCAUGUGCUGUAAUGGUAUUGAAAGCAGGGUGAGACCUAGGUAACUUAGUUAAUUAUUUCUGACUGAAGAAGAAUUCCAAGCUGUGAUUAAGUUUACGCAUUGUGUCGGAUUAAAAAAAAAGGAUUAAUAUUACUUCUGUCUGUGUAGAAAGUCUUUGAAAUAAUGAACAGAAAUAGACUCUGAAUUGCGUGUGAAAUGCAGAGCACUGUCACCGGGAUACUGUGUUUAUUCUUUUGCGUCCAUAUGAAACUUGUUGAGGCUUUAAAGUGUUACCACUGUAACAACUUGGAUAACCCUGCCUGUGGAAUGUAUUUUAAGCCUUACCAAUUCACGGCACAGCCAUGCAGCGGCCACAGUCACAACUCAAAAUGUGUCCUUCAAAGGGAACCCCCCAAAGGAAGAGGUCACUGGGAAGGAAUUAUUCGAAGCUGUUACGAGAUGGGAACACUUUUAACAAACGAGACAAAUGGUUGUCACCAUACGAAAAUCGCUGGGUUUACCACGACCCUUUGUUUUUGUGAUACGGACUACUGUAAUCGUUCCUCGGUCACGUGGUCAGAGACCACUGCCAUCACAUUGGCUAUCUCGUUACUGUUUGUGCUGUCGUGGAAUUUUAUUAAUCACCACUGAUGUCUGAUGUAGUAUUCCAUAACUCGCUGGUUCGAUUGGCUUUACUAUUGUAUCAUAUUGAAUAUUUCAAAUAAGUGCUUGGUAUGUCAAGCACUACAUUUUCGAAAAAUUCUGAGUGCAAAAAUUAUAAGUUACGUAAAAUGUAUAAAAUAAGACUGAAGAAUUAUAAAACUUAUCUAUAACAAUUGUUGAUUUAUAGAUGCAUUUUAAGUUUUGUUAUGCAACAUUAUUAUAUGUAAGUGUUAUAUUCUAGAGGGGAAUAAAACGCAUAUAAUCAUA